CAUGAAGAUGAGGAUGAAGAUACAUCAAAUAGUAUUUCUAGUGAUGAUGAUUUUAUAGCAGUUGAAAAUUCAAUAGUUCAUUCCAGAAGGGGUGAUCUGAGAAAGAAAAGAUUUAAAGGAUCUCACGAAUUG